GUGUGUGUGUGUGCGUGGGUCUGUAGAUGCUGCAUGGGCUGCAACCGGAGCUGUUGCUGUUGCUGCUGGUGAAUAAUGCAGACAGGAGAACGGAGUUUGGAUAGCAUGCAAGGAGCCAGAUUAAUAAUGCAUCCCGCCGGGUUACGAGCUCUGCAUUAGUUAGUUUUGCUGGAACCUGUAGCUGCCGACUGCCUGCCUGCCUGCUUGACUUACUGACUUCCCGCCUACCUUUCUGCCUGCCUGCCAGCCUUUCUACCUGGCUGGCACACUGUCCAAGUCAGAAAAUGUCUCACUACCAUUUCAUCAAAUGCUGUUGCUUCCAGCUAUGUAAUGUGUUUCGUCAGAACAUGGAGAUAGACCAGUGUCUGCUGGAGUCUCUCCCCAUUGGCCAGCGCCAGCGGCUGGUCAGGAGGAUGCGCUGUGACCAAAUAAGGGCAUACUACGAGAGGGAAAAGAGUCUUCAGCGCCAGCAAGCUGGAAUCAAGGUCCGAGCGCCGCCCACCCACCGCAAGAGGCACCGCAUCCGCUUCAGCCUCAACGAUGUCAUACAGGAUGCCAUCAUUCGCCAUGACGACAAAGAAGUGUUGCGUCUCCUGAAGGAGGGAGCAGACCUCAACACCCCCAUCUCUUCUGGGGGAUCCUUGCUACACCUGUGCGCUCGCCACGACAACGUGUUCGCUGCGGAACUUCUGAUCGAACGAGGCCUGAAUGUCAACCUGCAGGACGAGGACCUGUGGACUGCCCUGCAUGUGGCGUGCGUAUGUGACCAUGCAGAUGUGGUGCUGCUGUUGCUGCUGGCCGGGGUGAAUGUUCUGCUGCAGGAUGUCAACGGAAACAUUCCUCUGGACUACACCUCCGAGGGAACCGAGACCAGCUAUAUCCUCCGAAAACACCUGGAGGAAAAUGGUGUGGAUGUGUCAUCCAUGCACACCAUGAAGAUGCAGAGGCCCAGCAUGAUGCUGUCUGACGUUAGACAGCUUGUCACCACAGGGGGAGGCGUCAACCAGCCCAAUGAUGACGGGGUCACUCUGCUCCACAUAGCUUGUGCCAGUGGUUACAGGGAGGUGGUGUCUGUGCUGUUGGAGAGCGGGGCGGACCCUCAUCCUGCUGACAACAACUUCUGGACCCCUCUCCACCUGGCUGCUAAAUACGGACAGACAAGCAUCGUUAGCCAACUACUGAGGCACAGAGCAAACCCGACUCUGUUGAACUGCAACCAAGACAAGCCCUCAGACAUUUCUGCAUCAGAGCCCAUCGCUGAUAUGCUGCUGAAUGCUGAGGAGAGCUGGCUGCAGAGGCUAAAGGACCCCUCCGCUCCUCUGCCCUCCACCGACCAACGCUAUGAUGGCGGCUCACACGACCUCAACACUCCCGUCAAGAACUUGAACCCCCUGGGGCUCUCUAUCUCUAAGCGGGACAGUCUGCUGGAGAAGUGUGCCAUGUUCAGGGACGCAGGUGGAGCACUGAGCCGACAGCCCUCACAGGAUAAUGGCCUAGAUGGCCCCUUUAGCUCUGGAGCCAGCAAACUGGAGCAGGUCAAGCUGAUGCCUCCGGCCCCCAACGACGACCUGGCCUCCCUCAGCGAGCUGACCGACAGCAGCCUGCUCUACGAGAUGCAGAAGCGAUUUGGCAACGACCAAAUCUACACUUACAUUGGACACAUCCUUCUGCUGGUGAAUCCAAACAAAGAGCUGCCCAUCUACUCCACUUUGGUGAGUCAGUUGUACCUGAGCUCCACGGGUCGUCUGUGCUCCUCCCUGCCGCCUCACAUCUUCUCCUCAGCAGAAAGAGCUUACCACAUGAUGCUGCAGGAGAGACGCCCGCAGUGUUUCAUCUUAAGUGGUGAAAGUGGUUCUGGGAAAACGGAGGCCUGUAAGCACAUAGUGAGACACCUGACAGCUCGAUCCAGCCCCAAAGGCUUUGCACUGGAGCCCAGAAUGAAACAUGUUAACUGUAUUUUGGAGGCAUUUGGUCAUGCAAAGACAAUGAGGAACAACAACUCAAGCCGCUUCAUCAAGCUGUUGACCGUCCAGUACUGUGACAAGAGGAGGACACUGCUCAGAGCCCGUGUGUACACCCACAUGCUGGAGAAGUCCCGUGUGGUCCACCUGCCUCCUCACCAACACAGCUUCAACAUCUUCUAUCUGAUGGCUGAAGGCCUGUCGGCCGAGGAGUGCAGCGCCCUUUACCUCAACAACGUCUUGGCUCAUAGGUAUAUAAGUGGAGGACUUGAAGGGGAGAACCCUCCAGUAGCUACAGCCUCUACCCAGAGCAGGGAGCGCCUCGCCGCAGUCAAACAAGCCCUGCGAGCCCUGGGCUUUAAUAAGCAGGAGGUUGAGUCAGUGUUCAUGCUGCUAUCUGCUGUGCUCCAUAUUGGGGACCUACGUUUCACUGCAUUGACAGAUGCCGAUACAGCUUUCCCUUCUGACCUGCAGCUGCUGGACAGAGUUGCUGGAUUGUUGCAGGUGUGCUCCAAUGACUUAAGCACAGCCCUCACCUCUGACGUCCAGUACUUUAAAGGUGACGUGAUCACUCGGCGUCACACAGUGGAGAUGUCAGAGCAGUACAGAGACCAGCUCGCAAAGGCCAUCUACGGACGCCUCUUCAGCUAUUUGGUCAACAGUACCAAUGACUACCUACAGGGACAGGACGACAGCAUUGGCGAUCCUGCCUUGGAAAUCGGGAUCCUGGACAUCUUUGGGUUUGAAGAAUUUCAGAGAAAUGGCUUUGAGCAGCUGUGCGUGAACAUGACCAACGAACGUCUGAGGCAGUACGUCUACGAGGUGCUAUUCCAGCAGGAGCAGGCUGAGUGUCUGCAGGAGGGCAUCGCAAUGGAGACCCCACGCUCCCCCAGCAACCAGCCAGCCGUUCUGGACUUCUUUCUUCAGAAGCCUCAGGGGCUGCUAUGCGUAUUAGAUGAGGAGAGCCAGAGCCUGCGGCCAGCAGAGCAGACCCUCUACAAGAGGCUGUCAACCCAACUGGACUCCAAUCCCACAGACGGUCUUUCUCUGACAACCAAGGAUGGCAACGGAAACCCGCCGCCCAAAGACCAGGGCCCAGCCUUCACUGUCAGCCACUAUGCCGGACAGAUAUCAUAUGAUCUCACAGGAUCACUCACAAGAAACAAGGACUCCCUUCCUCAGAAUCUUCUGUUUACGAUGAAGUCCAGUGAGAGUGUGUUACUGCAGCAGCUCUUCCAGUCCAAGCUGACUCAGACUGGUUCCCUGGUGCCAGCAGCCCAGGGCCGUGUCGGGUUGAGGGGACCCAAAGCCGCCCUGUUGCUCCACAGGAUGCCAUCAGCCUCCCAUGUCACUGCCAACAAUGUACCCCAACAGCCCCGGAGGUACCCUGAUCUUAGCAAGAUCUUGAAGAAGAAAGGCUCAAGCUCCUUCCUUCAACGGCUAGAGCGCUGUGGGCCCAUCACAGUGGCUGUCCAGCUGAGGAACUCGCUGUCAGAAGUGAUCAGUAAGCUGCAGGCUUGCACUCCUCACUUUGUGGAGUGUGUGCGCCCCAACACCAGUGGUCAGCCAGACACUUUUGACAGCUUCCAUGUCUCGACCCAGCUGCAGUACAUCGGGGUGCUCGAGAUGGUGCGCAUGAUCCGUUAUGGAUACCCCGUCCGCCUGUCCUUCCCAGGCUUCCUCAGCAGAUAUAAAGACCUCGUGGUCCCGACUUUGGGGGACAAGAAAAAAUUGUCCCCAGAAGAGAGAUGUCGCUCUGUUCUACAACAGUCCAAACUCCAGGGAUGGCAGAUGGGCAGCAGCAAAGUGUUUCUGAGAUACUGGCAGGCAGACCAGCUCAACGACCGCUGCUACCAGCUUCAUAAAAAGAUCAUCACUUGUCAGAAAGUGGUGCGCGGCUGGCUGGCCCGACAGCGUGUUCAUCGCAGGCUGUCCUCACAGCAGAAAGAGGAGUGCAGCGUGCAGCGUUUCCUGCAGGGGGCAGAGGACAUGGGGCUGCGAACCUACGACCAGCUGGUCAUCCAAAAUGCAUCGGACAUCGCACGAGAGAGCGACCGCCUACGCUGCCAUGGCAACAGCCUCGUCAACACCCUUGGCAACAGCCCACCGCUUGGUGAGAGGCCUGAACCAGUGGGCAAGGAGGAGGACCAGCCUGUCAGGAGGGUUGUGGAGAAAAGUGGGAAAGUCUAUGAGGGUCCUGUGAACGGGGGCGGUCGAGUUAUUCGCCAUUUUCGAUCGAGCUCGGUACCCAUCCCCCUCGCCAUGGAGAGCAUGGUCCAUUCCUCUGCCAGUCCAUCCAUCAAACCAGCUCUGCAGCAGGUAGCUCAUACCAAUGAGGACGGGGCAGGCGGGGGAGGUCUUUCCUCUCCUCGGAAGCAGCCUCCACCUAAACCAAAGAGGGACCCCAACACACGUCUGAGUGCAUCAUAUGAAGCUGUCAGCGCAGGGCUAACGAUGGCUGCCAAAGAGAGCCCCACUCCAGAGGGUUAUGGUUCGCCAGCUGGAAGCCCUCCUAAAUCCCAGCUGUCCCCCACAGACCCUGCAGCCUUGUCCAAGCCUCGUCCCCACAGUGAUGACUACACAACCAUGAGGAAGGUGCCACCCCCCAAACCUAAGCGCAGUCCCAACACUAAGCUGACAGGCUCGUAUGAGGAGAUCAAUGCCGUAGCACCCCACAUCCACCAGCUGCGUCCUGCUGAUGUAAAGCUGGCCUUGCUCUCCCGUGCUGGGGGAUUUGGAGGGUUUGGUGGUUUGAUGCACAAAGCAGCCUCUAUCGAUGCCCCGCAUGGAGUAGGACUGAGCCUUUACCACGGCCAAGACGAAGAGGACGUGUACAUAGAGAUGUUGGGCUCCCAGCAGCGGGCUCGGAGCCUCCAGGAGCCCCCUGAUAGCCCAGAGCUGGCAGACUCAGAGGCCGUCUAUGAGGAGAUGAAGUACUUCCCUCAUGAAGAUGGUGCACCUGCCACUGUGGUUACCAAAGCAGCCAAACUUGAGGCUCUAGGUUUAGGCCUAGUGGGAUUAGGGGCAUCUCUUCCUCAGAGCGGGGAGACCAAACGGAUGCCAGCAGGGGUAAUCGCUGCCAUGGACCUCAAUCUCUCUCAGAGCGUGUCCAACAGUGGAACGCCCAAAACUCAGCAUAGCAAAGACGGCAGCUGUGACAUCCCUGCCCCCUUCCCCAACCUGCUUCCCCACCGUCCUCCUCUCCUGGUGUUCCCCCCCUCCCCCGUCACCUGCUCUCCUGCAUCAGAUGAGUCGCCCCUCACCCCACUAGAGGUAAAGAAGCUGCCCGUGUUUGAGACAAACCUGAACUAUGCUACCGGCCCCGACAGCCCCCUGUCCCCACAGUAUGCCCGCCAGAGGGCUGACUCCUCCCCUAGCCUCACUGUCCUCAUGCCAGAGAAGAAGUCCACACCUCCACUCACCCCUCCACCUCCACCUCCUCCUCCCAAUGCCCCACCUCCUCCCUAUAGACCUCCUUCACACUUCCCCUUCCCCCCUGAGGCCAACUUCCUGACUCUGACCCGAGCAGCAUCUGUCACAGGGAGCUCAGACUCCCCCAAAACCUCAUCCUCUCAAAGGGCAAGUGGCGAACCACUGGGGAAGCCACCUCCCUAUUCCCCAGUAAAGAUGUCUCGCCCUGAGCCUCGUAGAGCGCACUCGUGCUCCUCCUCUCCCCUGCUGUUCAACCCAGCCAAUGGCAGGCCUCUGACCAGCCCUCUGGAUGAGCUCAACACUCUGUUCAGCUCUGGACGCAGCCUGCUAAGGAAGUCCACCUCUGGCCGCAAGAUGAGAGAUGGAGGAUUCAAUUCUAAUAUCAAUCUCCCAGGGAGGGAAGAAUGUGGCUCGGCCCCCACCUCGCCGUCUCUGCAGCUACAGGACAAGAACGCCAACAACCACACACAUCCUCAUUCCCCAAACCCCACCCCCGUAGAGAAUGGCAACCAGAUCUCAAACGGAUCGCUGGAGGACGAGAGUCACAGCAAGUCAAACUCCACCAGCGCCACCACUCUGCACAGACACAUGGACAGUCAUCACACUCAGGUGUUCCAGCGGUUACGUCUGUCCAAUGGGGAUGAGAGUGCCGCCCUUGGGGAGCUUCUGCGAUGGCGGCGAGCGCAGUGUGAGCGGCGGGGUGACUGGAAGCACCGUCCACCUCAGUCCCCAGCCCUGCCCCCCACACUGCUCUGGACCAACAGGAAGGCCUCUCCAUGAUGCAGUUACAUGUACUGGCCAGAAGUUCCUCCCUUUCUUUCUAUUCAGACACACUCGCACAUGCUAUUUUUUUUUUCUUUUUUUUAAAGUGGACCAAGUGACCUCACUGCCCAGGGGCGAGGUUAAAGCUCCGAGCCCCAAAGCGUGAGCCUCGUCCCUGGGCUGAACGUCCUGCCUCUGCGCCUUUGACCUCAACUGUGGAGGAUUUCCCAAACUACAUACACAGACAUGCUCAGGACCUUCAACACUGAGUUAGCUAUGAAAAAACAUGGAAUAAAGACACAGUAGAGGUCCAUGGGGAGCUGUUUUUGUUUUUGUGAUCAAAGAUUUUAUUUAAAGAGAAAGUCAGAAUAUUAUUUAUUUUCAGUUCCUCUGAGAUAAAAUGUUUGACAUCCAUCGUUGGGAGGCUGAAUUAAAGAGCAGACUAAGAGUGUUUUCAUAGUAGUCAGAUAUUAAAUGGCCCUUCUCGUCUUUCUCAAUACUAUCAUGUUGUUCUGCUGCACACAAAGGAGCUCCACCCCAAAACAUGGUGCUGACUAUACUUGACGUGCUGUCCCGUGAUGUCCCCAUGAAUGCUUGUGUGUGCCCCCCCUAGUCUCAAACGUACUCUGAAGUUUACAAGUCAACCGACGCCUUCGUACACCUCCAGUUUUUAGAAUCAAUGUACUGGCUUAGAUAUUGGGACCUUUUCAGGUACAGCUCUCACUUAGCCUCUCAAGGUUGGGCUGUUAGUGCUACUGCGGCCCUGGCAACGAGCGACCAGGGGUCAGGGUAACCUCAGUAAUAUCCCAAUGUGCACUUCUCUUCCACAUUGUUACCACCAGCCUUUGAGGGAAUAAAAAACCUCUGGCCAAAAGGCAAACUACUGCACUUACCUUUACAAUGAAAAGGGGAUCCAACAAAAAAGAAAACCUGCCUUGGUUUAAGGUGUAACGGUAAAGCUGAAAUAGCAAAGCUUUACCUGACAGGUAUAUAGUCCAUGUUGUGAACAUGAAACUCUGUGCCAAAGUGACACAACUUGUGAAAGAUAUGUCUAAACUAACAAGUAUAGUUAUACAACCUGAUGUAUACAGUAGUCCCCAUAUAUUCUCAUGUACAGACAUAAAUGACCAAAUCCUAGCUGUUACUCAGUGGUGGCUCAAUGGACCGUUUCUAAAUAGAUCAGAAGAACACAUUGGGGGAAAAAAGAGAAAAGAAACAGUCUACACUUGAAAAGUAGCAACUUAACUCUUAUUGUGUCUCACCAACACUUGAACAGUGUUGAUCAGGAGACUGUGCAGAGCUCAGGGACUCAUGCACAGAUGAACUCGAUUAUUGUACAGACUCUUCCACCGUGGGUGUGUCCGCACAGACGCCCAUGACCUUCCGCGCCCUUCAUCUCUUUCCCCUCUUGACCCUAUCAAACAGACCCUUUCUCCCCUCUCGGAUCCCUGACCCCUCCCCCCACCCUCCCUAAUGGAUCAAACCGGCUCUACGGGUGUUUCCAUGGCAACCGCUUUGUAAAUAGUGACCAUUGUUGUACGUUUUAGCUUUUACUAUAGCAGAAAAGCACAGAGAACUGAAAGAAGGAGGAAGAAGUGUGAUAAUACUGUCUAUGAUGGUGAAACUGAGAUUUAAGAUUGUCUUGGGUUAGAUGCAAUGAGGUAAAGAGAAGAGGUUUAUUUUAAAAUGUGAAUAUCUUUUUUUCAGAAUGAUUGUCUAUGGCUAUGAAAUUCUUUAUACUCUAUUUAAUAUUAUUACACCCCCCCCACCCCACCCCACCCCCCCUCUUACCCCGUUGUUCUGUUCCUAUGAUGCAAGGCAGAUGUUUUCAUUGUAUAUGGAUGUUUUAUUGCACAAUGUUUAUGUGAUGUCGUGUUGACUUCUGUAAUGGGCUGGGCGUGUCUCAACAAGCUGUUUGAUCUUCGAAGAUCGGUCUGGAUUGUUAGAGCCGCAAAGUAUCAAUAGCUCUAAUUGAUUUCUCAUUCCCACUGAUCACCCACAAUGUGUCUGAUUGAUUCAGCCUUAUGAAUUAGCAGCACCAUCACAGGAUCGAUCUCAGCUGCUGUCGGUGCGCUAAAGGUGCACAAAUAUUCAAGAGGAAAUCAAAGGAGAUACUCACAACA